AUGCUACUACCGACGCGGUUUGGCCAUGGUCGCCACGCCUCCGCCACACGGUUUAUCCGACUUUUAACCACUGAUGCCGUGCCUGCCUUCGCCACCUAUCGCCAUUGGUUCCCCAAAGACACCACUACCCUCGCCCAGAUGGAGCUGUACGCCCGCCUCGCCGGCGGCGAAGACAAACACACCGUGCAAGUGGGCGUGGUCUACGACUCGCCGCAGUGCCAGCAGCUUCUGAAGAUGGUCCCCGUGCUCUUGGCUGACCCGCUCGCCGCUGGCUCGCGCCGGUGGUUCGAAACGGUGGCUACCAGAGACCAUACCCAGAACCACACUUUCAUCUAUAAUACCGCCCAGCUGCCGGUACUCCUGGCCAACCCUGAUCUGGCCGAAGCGUCCGAGUCACUGGACUCUGUCCACGCUGUGUUUAGACGGCUGCCGGACCAACCGGAGGAUAAUAGCGGCGCCGAGGUGUUUAUGGUCCCGUCGCCGAUUCUCUCGUCCGUGUACCGAACCCGGUGGCCCGAUGAGCCUCCGGCUACUACCGAAGCUAACAAUAUCAGUCUUACCGAGAUUAAUAACGUCGACGCCGCCGAUCUUACCAAAUUUGACUAUUUGAUCCGCGUCACUCGCCAGUUCACUCCCCGGCCCCUCCCGCCUCAGCUCGCUCAGAGAGUGUUGUUGACGGUUGUCGAUAAUGCUGAAUUUACACCGCCGCUGAUUGAGCUGACUCCAGCAGUGUGGGACCCGCUGAGCGAUCAGCACGUCGUCAAGAUCAAUUCGCAGUUGGCGUACGAUGGCAUCGAAGACUACUAUAUCCAGGGACCUAAAGCCGGCCACCAGUUCGCUGACGCUACCAGAAUGUCCAACUUGUACCAGUUAUUGAAAGCAGUGGGGUGGUUCCUGAGGACUGAAGUGUUACGUGGCUGGCUCCUCGAGGAAAUCACUAAAGGGGUUAGUGGCCAACAAACCACCGUCGACGAGCUCGAUACCCUUCUGGCAAAGCUUUCCCGUGAAGAUGUGGCUAAAUUCUCGGAGGGAGUCCACCAUGAGCUCCAGUACGAGUUUGCCCCUGCCACCACCAAGUUCUUCAAUAAACAAUUGCUGUGGUGGCGCUUAUACUACAAGAACGACAACGUCGAGUACGACCUCAAGGACUUCUUCCAGGAACACUUUAUGCCGAAGCUGAUUGAGCACUACAACUACAUGAGGGGCCACAUUGCCCUGGCGAUGCAAAACCAACCUUACGGGGAAUAUCAUCCGGUGGCGGCGGAAAACCCGUUAGCCGAGCUCAAAUCGGAUUUGCUCCAGAACCAGAUCGCCGACGAAGUACAGCCGCAAGUGUACCGCAUCCUUAGCCGGGCGUUUAUCCAGUACCAGCUCCCGAUUACCGUGUUGGCGAUUGCUGGCUAUUUAUACACUGGUCUCUCUGCCAACGCGCUGGUGGCGAUUGGUCUCCUCGGGUGGGUUGUUGGCUUUAAUCACGUGUCACGGGAUUGGCUUAAGUUUAGUCGCCAGUGGCUUGAUCAGCUCUUUGAGCGGGUAAGAGUCACCGCCGGUCGCGACUGUGUCGACCACGGCCUCUUAGAGGAAGUGAAGGACUGCUACCAACAAGAAGUGGCUAUGAGAGAUGCUAAACAAUCGGUAUUAUCUGAGAUCUCCAACUUGAAGCCAUAA